UUCACUUGAAUCAUUUCGCUUCUCCCUUCAACUUUUACUCGUGGACCGGCGGGCAACUUGCAUGAAAAGAUCGUCAGUUGGUGUUUCUGUUUAAUAAUACAAUGUCGCAUGAACAAAUAUUCAGAUGAUGAUGUUGUAUUAUUGAAUUGAAACACUUACAGACUCAUUUUAUUUCAGUCAUUUUCUAUAAAUCUUUUAUCUUUGUUUUGGUGCACGCGUAAUUGAAUUGAACAACGUACGCAUGAUUGAAUGGAAAUGCUUUAGGAGGUUUUUCGUGCAAGUGCACAUGUGAUGACGUCAUGUGACUAGGUAACGUACGUAGCCUGGAGUUUUCCAUCUUUGUCUGUCUAUCUGUCCAUCCAUCUUCCUUUGUGUUUGAAUUUCAAAACUCGAUCUGAUAGAGUCGUAGUGAGUAGUCUAGUAGGCUAUAAGGGCAUUGGCUUGCAGUGGUAUGUAAUUGAUUUUGUUUGAUAUUUGCUCGAGGCAGGAAGUCUGUGACCUUUCUUUUUCCCCUUUUCCUUCGUAUUUUUCAUACUCUAUGAUACAAACUCGUGCUAGGAUUAGAAAUAGGAUUCAAGAAAAGAGAGAAUCUCCUUCCAUCUGUUUGUUUCAAUAUUCUUUGUUUGUUUUUUUUUUAACAAUAAUUCUGCAUGAAUUGGUGCUAACAUUUUAUUUUAUUUUAAGCUCAUACGAUAUUGAAUUUAAUUAUAAAGCCCCCACGAUAACUUUGAUUCUAUGCAGAAGGGGGCUACACAUGAGUGUUUAGUUUGUAUCAAGAGUAAAAUCAAAUUUGAAAUAAUGAGGGAGGGAAUCUUAUAUCUUGAUGGAUGGGGAGUGACUGACAUAUAUGUUCUCCCGGGUGGAAAUUGGUCCUUUAGUCAUUUGGUGGUCCUGCUGCUGUCUUUACUUUACCUCCUGUUGGCUGUUGUGAAAUUCAAAAUCUCAUUUCGAAUUAGAUAUAGAAGAGAGGAUGAAGAUGCUGGCAUCUCACACAGCCCAACAAGACACUGGAGACACCUUCACUGAACGAGCCGACGCUUACUACAAACGACGCCCUCAGCUGCACUCUCUGCUUCAAGACUUGUACAAUGCCUACGUCACAUUAUCUGACCGUUACAUUCAUACAAUCGCCAAAACCAAUCAUCGCCGUGGACACUCCUCCCAAACCUCAAUCAUUGUUAAUGACUACUACGACGACUGUCAUGACCAACAAGAUGCCGAUGGUGAUACAUUAAGCCAGAUGGAUUCGGACGUGGGCAGUUCCCUCUCCUAUCAGCCACAAUUAUCUCUUGCUGCUGCCCGGGAUGAUAACAUGGUGUUGGAUUUGGAUGCAAUUGUUGCGGAGGUUGUGAUGAAGAAUGUGGAAUGCGAUAUCUUACUUGAUGAGGCCAGCACCAUGGGGAGGCGAUACAAUGAGUCAUCAAGGAAGAUAAAGUUGCAGAAGAGCUUGCUGGAGGUGCUGGAGUCCGAAAGGCUCAUACUACUGAAUGAGAAUGCUAAGUUGGGGUACAAAGUGGGUGCAUUGGUGGAAGAGAACAAAGACAUCGCGUCCGAGUCCAUGUUCAUGAGGAGGAAGGCUGGAGAGCUGGCUAGGUGUUUGCUGAAGGUGAGGGAGGAUCAGAGGGCGUGCAUGCUUAGCCGUAAAAUCGAGGACCUGCAGGGCCAGAUCUAUGGGUUGGAGAAGAGGAACAAGCAGUACUAUGAGCAACUUGUGAAGAGAGACCAAUGGUCCUCUCAACUUGUACGAGAAGAGAGUAGGAGCAUAAACAACAAAAGCAAGUUUAACGGGAAUGAAGUGAAUUUGGAGGUUUGCUUCCAAAUAGGGAAGAUCAAUCGGAGGCUGAAGAGAGGUAAUAGCAAUGUGAAGGAUUUUGGCACUGCAAGUGGGAAGAAGGGUUGGAGUUGGUGGGAAAAGGUCAAGAACAUGGACUUGUUUCUAUGCGGACAUAAUUCAAGCUCUACUUGACCUCAAUUGGUGUCUGUCUGUUUAAUUACUGACUAAGCUUGCGUUAAUGGUGGUCAGUCUGUUUAUAUUUCGUUUGUCGUCCUGUAGUGGCAACACUGUCAUGAACCUGCUGACUCCAUGGUCAUGCUGCCUUAUAUUAGUUUCGUGAUCCAGUAGAAUUUGAUGCUCAAAUUGGCUGAAACCUACUAUUUAAAUCAAGCGUGUCACAAAAUUUGAUGUUUU